AUGGUACGCCGCAUCUCGCCAGCCCGUGCAGGCGCGCUCGCCCUCGGCCUUGCUGCCGCGCUCUUUGCACCCCCGACCCUCGCCCAGGAUGCGCCGCCCGCCUGCCCGGCUCCCCUGCCCGUCGGCCCUAGCAGCACCGCUUUCUACACACCGCCGGACUCGCUGCCCGACAGCGACCACGGCUCCGUCGUCUGGUACCGCGGAUACACCGACGGCGUCUCCGCCAUUGCUGGCGGCACCAACAUUUUGGUACUGUACACCCAGGAGGGCGUCCACGGCAACACCGUGGCCACGUCGGGCUCCAUUGUCAUCCCCGACGGCGACGCGCCACACGGCGGCUGGCCGGUCGUCACCUGGGCCCACGGCACCACCGGCAUCGCCGACCAGUGCGCGCCCACCAUCAACGACCCGCCCUCGGACGCCGACACGCGCGACAAGCUGCUGGGCGGCUGGGUCCGCAAGGGCUAUGCGGUCGUGCGCACCGACUACGAGGGCCUGGGCACGCCCGGCGACCACCCGUACCUCAUCGGGCCCUCCGAGGGCCGCGCCGUGCUCGACAUUGUGCGCGCCGCGCGCCAGUUUGACGCGCGCAUCAGCGCGCGCGUCGUCAUCGCGGGCCACUCGCAGGGCGGCCACGCGGCGCUCUGGGCCGCGUCCCUGGCGCCCGCGUACACGCCCGAGCUCGACGUGCGCGCCACCAUCGCCUUUGCGCCCGCCAACAGCCUCGAGUCCGAGGUCCCGCUGCUCGACGCCGUCGGCAACACCACCGCGCUCUCCGGCACCGUCGCCCUCAUCGUGCGCGGCCUCAGCAUCGCCAACGCCUCCCUCGACGUCGUAGACAUCAUGACCCCCGACGCCGCCGCCCUCUACCCGCAGACCCUCACCGCGUGCUCGGCCGCCCUCGACGACCCCACGUCCUUUGGCGGCCUCGGCGCCAACGACCUCGUCCAGGCCCACGCGCGCCUCGCCGACGUCCUGGCCCAGCUCAAGGACAACGACCCGACCUACCUGACCGGCAUCCCCCAGCCCGUCCUCGUCCUGCAGGGCUCCGCCGACACCACGGUCUUCCCCUUUACGACGGCCGCCAUGGUCAAGAACCUGAAAGCCGGCGGCGUGGACAUUGUCGAGCAGGUCUACACCGGCGCCACGCACAUGACUGUCAUUGACGCCGCCAUGGCCAACGCCACCGACUACCUUGUCAGUGUGCUUAGCCCGUAG